GAAAUUGCCUGUUCAACUUCGGGAGAAUAAACAAUCGGUUUUGAAAAAUGACUAUCUUGUUCUCCCAACUCCUCCGCCUCCGCCAUCUUGAAUAUCGCGUGUCUGAACGGGAGAGCUAGGGCGGAGUUUGUGAAUAUUUCUAUGAAAGCUUCAAUGAUUAUUGUGCUUUGAGAUGUCUGGCUGAGGGGAUUGCAGAAAAAAGCGUCUUAGAAAUCAACGAGUCAGGUACGAAAUCGAUUUCUUUUAAGUAACAUGAUAGAUUAGCUUCCUUUGCAGAUAGGGAGAGAGGUUACACUUCAGCAAUGUGUAAUUUAGGCGGUAUUUUAUCCGCAUUUGUGGAAGCAGCGAAGCGACGCUUGCGAACAGUUAUAAUGUAUCAAUUCAAAUGUAUGACAUAGUCUUUAGCACUAAUUGUUUUUUUUGUAGUCCGGCUUUCAUAAACUAUAACCUGCUUUAGAAGCUUAGCCAGUUGUGUGCAUUCGUGAGUCAUUGUCUUCGAGUUUCCUGCAGUGUAUUAAGACGACUUAUUUCGUGUAAAAUCGUGCAAGUAAUUCGGUGUUUAGUGGGCCGAAUCAGGCCACUGUGGUAGUCAUAACAAAUUUGGUCACAGAGCGACGACACAAGGAAAUGCUCGAACAAUAACAUGUAGCCAUAAUGUUUGGGGCAUUCUUAGUGUAUUAAACUCGAAUACGUGACUUGUAUUUGGUAAGCGUGUGGGUUUGUUUAUAAGGGUUUGUAAUUAGUUGAUAAAUUUACAAAAGCUUGGCAUAUUCACGAGCUAAGACGUGACAAGCUCGACAGGUUCUUGAAUCUUGUACAUCCAUAUAAUCAUACGCCAAGUCGCCAACACAAGACCUCAAACUGAUUUUCAUGCUAACCUUAAUCAUAGGACUUUAGCUACAUGGCGUGAUUCAUUUGCUACAAAUUACUUAUGCCUACGUGUAAAAAAUGAGAUAUUUGUUCGGUAUGUGCUGGUAGUGUAUUGAUUAUAAUUUACGUUUUGUCGCGCUCAACACGGACCUGUCACGAGAAAUAUUAGUUAACAGAGAAGUGUUAGGUAGUUAAUCUCUAUUUGUAGAUUUUUAAAAACAGGAAGUGUAGAGAAAAUCGUAGAAAUGUUUUAAGUAAAUAUUAAUACUCAUGGAUUGUUCGUGUUUUUUUUUCGAAUUUUUUUUUUAAAGAUAUAUCGAUUUUCGUAUUACAAUCUGCUGUGACAGCGCGAACGACCACGAAAUUCGAUACCAAACGUUUCGCCCGCUCAGAAGUGUUUACACGAAUUGCUUAUAGUGAAAAGACAAUUCUAAACGAGUGGAAGGACUGAAAUUCUGAAUGUAACACCUUAAUAUGACUAAACACAAAAGCGCACGCUAGCUAAAACUUUUUACAUAAUACAAUGUAUUAAUUAUUAAUCGCGGUCUAAAAGACCUAAACAGUGAUAGGAAUCUUGUAAUCUACGUUUUAGAAUUCCUCAUUGCGUUUUGUAAAGCAUUGAUUAGAACCAUCUGCCGUGUUUUUUUCGCCGGUCAAUGUUUCUCGGAAUGUUGUUAGAGUUCUAAGCUGUCGUGAGGCAAUUUUUUAGAAACGGAUGAAAAUCCUUUGGGGGUGGGACCGCUAUAUUAUAAAGAGGCAAUAUUAAACCGGCGAAUUAGUUGCGGAAAGUACGUGUCAAUUGAGAAUUGCAAGACAUACUAUCUUGAAAUUGUAAGUAUGAAUAUAUUUCAUGUUGUGUUGUUAAAUAUUAGUUGUAGGUGUUUUAAUUAUAUAUUUUUGUCGCUGGCCAUGUUGUUGUCGCAGUUCAAUUUAGAAUUUCUAACUAGCUGCGCAUUAAAAGUUUAAACAGUGUGCAAAAUUAGACAGUUAUUUAUUUGUCGAACAUAAUGGCAAUCUUAAGAUGGGGAGGGGUUGAUGAACAGCUGAGUAAUUUGUUAAACAUUUUUUCAAACGCAAAACGUCUUUGCCUUUACAAAAGCAGCAAUUUUUUUACUUCGAAUAAAUACAGUUUUGUUAAUGAUAAAAAAAACCCCACAUAAUUCAUAAAAAGCAAAAUUGGCUGUACUGUAGUGUAGUGGAUUAUUAGUUUACCACGGCAAGCCACGAAGCCAAAGGCCGAACUCUCUAGCAAAAUAACACUCGGAAUUUAAAUAUUUCUAUGCAAUUACAGCGUAUGCUUUUAACCAAAUUGGGUUGUCAUUUACCCUCAUAUUAACAAAAAUAGAAUGACUGCUUUUACGAUAAUUUGACCAUUUCCUUGCCGGCUUGAUAAAUUGCCGUAAUUAUAAUAUAUUGUAGCCUGAACGACGCCGGCCGACAAUAUAUUCCAAUUCUAUACAUAAGAGUACGAAAUUUGAUGCUAUAGGAAUGGAUCAGUAUUCUUAUUUUUCUGAUAAAUUCAGGCUUAAAAUAUUUUUUACAUACGGUACAUUCUUAGAUCAUGGCGUUCAGACUUCAGUGUGUUAAGGCUUUAAGCCUAGAAUACUAGAGUCAAACAAGGACUGAAUUGGCAGUCACGCGAUCUUGGUUAGCUGUUCUUAAUGUUUCUAAACAAUGUCAUAUUCUAUUGAAGUUAAAACAUAGUUGGAACACUCGUCAAACCUUUCAAUUUUGUUAAUCUAUAGAGCUUAAAAUGACCCCUGUAAAGCUGUAACAAUUCAUGACUGGAAACCGCCUCGUCAACUUUCAUCCAAGUUUGACUGGGCAUUUAUUUCACGGAGUUGUUAGUUGAAUCACAGGUCUUAAAGCAGGGGAGCCAGGGUCAGUGAUAUACUAGUCAUAGCAAGACAGCAGUUGAGUCUCUUGCCUUGUAAACUAUACAAUGUGGCGCUACAGUAGGCCAUUAGAUUCAUUAGUAAUCAUUACAUGACUACUUGACUAUUUAAUCCUUGAUAUAAACUUGACCCUUUUUCCUUAAUAAUUUCGUUUUAAACCACCACAGCAGGGCAUAUCUUGACUUUAGUAUAUCCUUAAAAUUUUGCUAAUUGCAGCCUCGGUAAAGACAAUAUCAUUCUUCUGAACGAGAUCACGUAUAAAAUGAAUAUAAGUGUAACACAACAGCAUCAGCCACAGCUGUCAUCUUUUGGCAUUGUGAUCGUUUUCCUCAUGCAAAGUUCCAGAAACUUGAAUGAAUAGAAAGUUUCAUAUAAGGCAUUGUAAUACUAAUCAUUUAACAUUUUAAGCAUUCAGUGGGAUGCUAAUUCUAACACAAUUGUCGAGUCGUUUUGAAUUCCAUUUUUAUGAUAUACAACAAAUUUUCCUCGCUUUCAUACAUACAAGAACAUAACAACACUUGAGCCUUGUCGCUCCAAUGCUCUAGUAGUUCUAUUAUACGUGGCAAAGUGUUGGUUUAUUUUAUAAAACAUCAAUUAAAACGACAAAAGCUAUAUAUCCAUGGCAUGCAUGUACUUGCAGUCCUAAAAUUGGCAGGAUUACUGUACUCGGUACCAAGUCAUACUUGUUUCAACUGCUUUUCAAAAAUUAAAUGUGUUAAUUGAGGUAUAUUCCUUAGCUCAGGCAGGUGGAGCCUAGCAGUAUAAACAUUGCUUGAGGGCAAGCCCCUGCCCAUGGAGUAUAAGGACUGAUGAGCACUUUUGAUAUAAAUAUCAACUCAUGAUCAGUUCCAUCGACUAUAUUACGACGUGUAGUUGCCUGCUAUACUAUAGCCAAAGACGUGUAUUUAAAUAUAAAAUAGUAAUAAUAUUUAAUCAACAUAAAUACAUAAAAAUCACAAGAGUACAUGUAUUAAUAUAAUAUUUCCAUAUUAAUAAGGAACCGCGGAACAAACUAAUAGUAAUAACCUACUUUAAAUGAGCAUACGCCCUGCAUGCAUGUCAUACAUUAUAUAAGAUGCGCGGAUUAAAUGAAGAGAACGAAGAAUUUAUUUUACAAAGAUUAUUCAGUAUAAAAUUAACUUUAAAGUUGGUGAGCUUUGACUUUGUAUUGCUGCAGGACAUCGCAAUUAUAGAUCACAAUGUUUCUAUAUAUUCUGUCAGUGUUUGAAACAUUAGUGUAUCCACCAGAGGCAGGUUGUUCAAAGCUGGGUUAGUUUAACCCUAGGUUAACCUAAAAUUCAAGGCAAAUUUCCUGACAGCUUGUCACUAUAAAUUUGGAAAUAUUUCUUCAGAGAUCUUGUCUGGAUGGUUAGGAGUUUACUUCUCUGAAGUUUUGAAAUAAACAGACGUGCAGAAAUACUCUAACUAUAAAACAACAGGUGACAUUUUAACGCAGGGUUAGCGCUAACCCACCUUCGAACAACCGGCCGGCCCCAGUAAUUUGAAAUUGUGGAUCAAAGAUAGAUUGAUUUUUGAAAACUUUGGUGUUAAUGAAAAGUCUUAAUUUUACCAUUGUCUUUUACCAUCUUGUUCUUACGUUCCUUUAUGUAUAAAUUGCAUUGCCUUAAGCCUCGCUCAGAAACGAAUCUAACAUUGACAGUCAUUGUCAUUGUUGGUUUAACAGUGUUGGCCAUGAACAAAGUCAAACCCCAAUCCAAAAUCUUGCAACAUUACCCAAACAUAUAGUGUUAAAACGAGGCACCAAUGUCAAUGUUACAUCCAACAUGGAUGUUGUUGAACCAGUAACAUGUAUGUUGGCCUCAUUGGAACUGGCCUUUAGAAAAUUAUAUAUGAGAGUUAGUUUUGUCAAAUAUAGCGUCCUGAUACACUAUAAAUUAAUCUGCCUAUUAAUAGCACCAAUAUCAAUGCUGUAUUCAUAUAAUAUUGAAUGUAAGAAUAGAAGAACGAGGGUAUAUAACUGGUAUUAGCACGUACCUAGCAAACAUGAACACGUUUUCCAAUGCGUGUUUUCAAACAAAAGUGAUUUGUGUUCUAUAUAUUUGAAUUGAGGAAAGUUUUUUUUCUAUAGCAUUUUAUUGUCUUAUUGUAUCACAAAUGUGGGCGACUCUAAAAUCAGGACAAAAUAAAAAAAGUUUUUUAUCUCUUUUCAACUAAGCCUAUAGGUCAGAAAGCUUUGUGUUUCUUUUAAGGUGGCUAAAAACCACAUUUGUGGUGCUUUGAUAAGAGCAGAUGUAUAUAUAGCGUUGUUGAAUAGUUCUUGCUCGCAACAAGAGCCAAGGCCAAGGCCACAGGCCAAGCUGGACCCUGAGCUGCCUGUCCAGCCAUGAAGCAUGAGCGAAAAGCAGCGGGGAAACUUCCCCCCCCCCCCUGAAUGAAGACUUUAAUUUAGUGUCAUCCAAAUGGAAUUUCUAACGAGCCCACACCACCAGCCCACACAGAUCCAAGUUAAUCAAGCAAUCUUCGAGUACAAUUUCCCGUGAAUUCUAUAAUCCAAUAAUCCAUUGAACAAUUCUAUGAAUACACUGGUGUAAAGAUACAGAAGUGUAAAGAUUUAUCAGACGUGCAGCUGCGAAUUUGCGAGAGAUAUACAACCCACCUGAAAUAUAUAUAUAUAAGCAGAACAAGAUCUUUCGUCGAGAUCUUUUCGAUGAACUAGACUCUAGAGCCUUCUCUGGAAACGUUGGGGUUUGCUUGACGAAGUCGUAAUUAUGCUUGAUGUAGACGUUUCGAUCGAAGGCCCUUGUUUUGCUUGUAUUUUCACUAAUUUUUCAGGUAGUUAUAUAUCUUUCAGUCCGCAGUAUGUCUUAUUGUUAUCGUCAUUACUUAUAUACUGGCAACAAGCGUUUGAAAGAUUUAUAAAAGUACAAUCCUCUUUCUGAGUUUGUUUAUAUAGCAGUUUUUUAUGCAUUAACACAACUUGAUUUGUGAUAUCGUGACGUCAAAAAUAUUUUUUACUUCAAAAAAAUAUCCUAUCAUCAUGCAUUUGUCUACACAGGAUGCAACGUUCCUGUCAGAAUGUAGUUUUAUAAUGCAAUGACGACAAUUGUCACCAUGAGUCUAUGACUAUAAGAUUUGUCCUUAAGAACAGGAAAUUUGCCAAUGGUUCAAGAACGUUUUGAGAAUUUUAAGUUUUAGGAAUUUAUAAGAUACCAAGGACGACCUUGCAUGUUUGAUGUGGAGUGACUGAUGUAAUUGAUAUUGGGUCUUAACUUCUAACAAAGUCAAAGUGCAGGAAAUAGAGUUAUACCCCCACCAAGAAUAAAUCACAUUGGCAUUGGCUCAUAAUCUAUAGAAUAAUGCUAAAAUAAAGUCAAGGAGAAUGUCCACCAAAGAGACAGUUUUGCUUAUACUAUUGCAAAGUAAGUUUUGCUUAUACUAUUGCUCUACAUGCAUGCCAUUAAUUUUAUAGCUAGCAUCAAUAAUAGUUGUAUUAAUGUACAUUUUGUACUUUUUUUGUUAUUUUUGUCAACCGGCAGAUGCAUUUAAAAAUGUAGCUAAAUAUAUAAAUUAGAAAAUAAAGCUAAAACAAGUCAUUUUGGGAAGUACGGCAAAAAGAUUUUAUUAAAGUUCUGAACGCCUUUCAUCGCCAAUACGCGAUAAUGUAGGAAAACAAUAAUUGCCUCUAAAAAAUUGAAAAUUGCACAAUUUUCGUAUUAAUAACCUUGAACCUUUUGGGGGGACACUAAAAGAAGUACGGAUAAAUUUAGGAAAUUGCGAAAGUCUAUCUCAAGUCAAGAUCUCGACUAUAUGUUGUGUGAAUACAAUUAUAAUUGCACAAUUUUUUGAACUAUAUAGUCUAUCCUAUAAUUCGUUGAUUUUAUGAGCUGAAAUUUUUUGGGAACACCUUACCUGAUACUUUGUCUUUGAUAUGACUUUUCUCACUAAGUCUAAGAAUUAGUGAUUAAGAUGUAAAAGGUCAUGAAGUCUGUGCAGACUGCCUGUUAAUUAUCUCAGAGCAAAUUUCAUUCCUAAAAAACGCUUCAGAAAAGUUUAAUCCAAUCGCAAAUCCAAUGCCGACAAAGUAUAUUUCCUGUAUUGCCGAUUCAAUUAAAAUAAUUGGAUGUACUAUUUCACGAAAUCAAUAAAGUUGAGGAACAAUAGAAUAUGUUCAAUUUUUCGCACAUAUAUACUCUAUCGCCCGGGGAAGCUUAGGGAACAUCUAUAUAUAUAUAUAGUAUUGUCAUCGCCAGAUUGUGAAACGUUGUCAUAUAUAUGUUCAUAUAAUUAGAUAAUUUCGAGUUAUACAGUCAAGUAUAUGUACACUCCUAAGAAUAUAUAAUAGAGGCUGAUCAAAAUUUAUGGCAAAUUUAAGAAUAUACUAUAAUAAGGACAUACCCAAUAUUUUAUUCUUAAAGAAUGAGAAUUAUAUAUAAAGGGAGAUUUGGAACAACCAUUUGCGAAUUCUAGAAAUCUUGAAUGGCCUUAGUUUCCUUGCGUUUCCAAAGUGAAAUUUCAUUCCUGGCAAUUUUAGCAAGUAAAUCAUCGUAUAGACAACCUCGCACUGACUAAUUGGAUUAUUUAAAACCUGAAAGCUAAAUAUUGAUGUAUUCUUUUGUAUAUUCAUUUCUUAAUGUCUCUGAUAGAUUCUUUUACACUAAAAUAGUAUAAAUAAUAUGUGUUUGAUAUAGCCUUGAGUGGCAUUGGCAAAGAAUUCCUUUCCGGACUUUACCGUUUAUUCACGUUUCACCCAAUGGCCUUGUUUUUGUGUCAAAUACUUACUCAUGUUUUGUGCUUAGUAGGCUUGAAAAUUACUUUGUUAUUGAGCCUAAGAACAGCAAAAAACAAAUUCGUCCAGGAAAACAUGGGAAUAUAAUCUUUAUCUGCCCCUGACAUGCUAAAAUAAGUUAACAUGGAAACGAGGCCAUUGGGUAAAAGAGAAUAAUCGGCAAGGUCUAUUAUUUCAUUAAUUUUCGGUGGCAUUAUCGCGAGGACUGAAAUUUGCGAGGUCUUUUUAUAUUGCAUUACAUCUUGCUUUUCAUUUCUGAAUGCGUUUCGCUGAAGUAUUGUUAUAUAAUUACUUUAAUUUGUAAUACAUAUACAUGCAUAGACUGCUCACACGUUUGGGCCAAUUGGGUUUUGUCAGCUAACUGUCCACUUUGAUUAAAAAUGAGAGGUCUUAGCCUUAGGAGAUUAAAAAAUUAUAGAAAUACUUGCAUGGCCCCUGAACUAAAAAAAUGCCUGCAUUUUUUGUUUUAUGAUUACGUAUACAUGUUUAUAUACCAAAAGCAUACUGAGUUUAAAUUUCUGUCAAGAAAACUGCAAAAUUAUGUCCAGAUAGUUCGAGUGAAUCGACUUUAAAAUAUUCAGGCUUUUGAACAAUUGAAAUUGCAUGCAGGCGAUAAUUUAUUUAUCGACCUGCCAAAAUUUCAUGGCCAUAUUUUUUUCUAUUUCGCACCUUAAAUUGUGAAGACAAAGUAUAAAGUGCCUUGUUGAAUGUUGUGGGCUCGCAUUGCGCGGAUAAAUAUAAUUGAUUUGCUUUGGUGUUGGUGAAAGACACCUCAUAGCUAUAUUUCGCCACAAAUGUCAAAUAACUUUGUCAGUUUUGAUCUGUUAGCCGAGUUUUGUAAUUAGAUUUCCACCUUUUACAUGCGAGAAGAAUUCUUCCAUUUUAACGUACGGCACCUCUUACCAAACGUUCAUGGACCGGCUAUACAGUGCAAAAAAUCCCGGAGUAUUUUGUCUAAAAAGUUAAGAGUUAUAUAGCACAAUGGCUCGAAGUUUUGAGUGAAAUUACUCAAUUAUUAGCAAAUUAAAUUUACUCAAUUUUUUGAGUAAAGUUUCGAAUUGACUCAAUUCUUUAAGUAAAGAUUUACUUUACUAAAAAAACCGAGUUAAUAUAAAUUUGAGAAAUCACUCUUACCGUCACGUUUUUGAAUCGAAAUUUUUUGCAGUGCAAUUAAUGGAUGGCUCAUAUAGAUAUAUAUAUAUUUACUUAAUUAGCUUCGGAUAUCACAGAUCAUUCACAAAUAUAAUCGGUACAAAUUUCAAAAUUAUAGUUUAGGUUUCUGUUUUAAGAGUAGUGAACAAAUAAUUGAUGGAUGCUUACUAGUAGACUUUUUUGGGGGAGCAGCGGCACUGAUGGAGUGAUGGAACUGUCCAGUUUAAUUUAGGUUUCUUCCUGUAGUAACACUAUAGAUCAAUAAUUAAGGGAUGACUCUUAUCUGACCUCUAGAAGAGUUUAGAAAUGACAGCAGAGCUAUCCAGUGUAGCUAUAUAAAUACUGGUUAUACAGCAAAAUUAUAGUCAGUUUCGAUUUCCUGUCUAUAAACCACUUGACCCUAUUCCGCAUAAAAAUAAAAAUUUUAAAUAAAAAAUAAUAGUAUUAGAUAACACAAUACAAUUACAUUUCAACUGUCACUGAUGGUUUUCCUAUGGAAAUUUAGCUAAACCUAAACUAAACUAACUUUAUUUAUACUGAAUAGCUCUAUCAGUUCAAAACUGUUCUCUCUAGAGAUCCAGAAAGGAUCAUCUCUUAUUGAUCCAGUGUUACUACAGGAGAAAACCUAUAACUAACCUAACUUUAUUUAUGCUGCAUAGCUCCAUCAGUUCUAAAGUGGUCUCCCUACAGAGGUCCAGUGAGCAUCGUCUCUUAUUGAUCCAGUGUUACUACAGAAGGUAAACUAAACUAAACUAACUUUAUUUAUACUGGAUUGCCCUAUCAGUUCUAAACUGUUCUCACUGCUCAUUGUAUAAGGGAGCUUUAAUUCAGAAGUGACUACGGGACUCAAGUCUCAAUGUUUACAAUGCAAUGUAUUUUACGCCAACGCUAUAGUGUUUAUAUCACGUAUUCAUGCCAUUAAUGACAGUGAGUCACCAGAAAAAAAUGAAGUGGGCUGGAUGACCAGAUUAUAUAUAUGUUACAAAAUAAAAUAAAAUAAACUGAAACUAAACUAACCGCUUUCGUUAUACUGCACCACAUGUAACGCUUUUCUCCAUGAGAGAGUUGUAAAAGGUCAUCUCUUCUGAUGUUGACCAGUGCAGUGAAGAAGGAAACCAAAAUUAUUUUCUAGACUGUUCUCCCAAGCUAGAGUUCCUCAUCCCUUAUUUAUCCAUUGUUAUAAGUACACUGAGGAAUUUCCUCCCACUUGUUAGCGUCCAAAGUAAGGUUCGUUCAUUUACUGAUGAGGUGUUACUACAGGAGGAAACCUAAACUAAACAAACUUUAUUUAUACUGUUCUCCCUAGAGGUCCAGUAAGAAUCAUCUCUUACUGAUGAGGUGUUACUACAGGAGGAAACCUAAACUAAACUAACUUUAUUUAUACUGUUCUCCCCAGAGGUCCAGUAAGAAUCAUCUCUUACUGAUGAGGUGUUACUACAGGAGGAAACCUAAACUAAACUGACUUUAUUUAUACUGAAUAGCUCUAUCAGUUCUAAAAUGUUCUUCCUAGAGGUCCAGUAAGGAUCAUCUCUUAUUGAUCCAAUGUUACUACAGGAGGAAACCUAAACUAAACUGACUUUAUUUAUACUGAAUAGCUCUAUCAGUUCUAAAAUGUUCUUCCUAAAGGUCUAUCAAAGUUCAUUCCAUUGUUAUACUACAGAAAGAAAACGAAACUAAACUUAUUAAUAUUAUUUACAAUUUACACUAGAAAGCUACAUCAGUUCUAGACUGUUAAAAAAGCUGUCUCUUAUUUAUCCAGUGACACCACAAGAUGAGUCACCUGUGCGGUUUGGUGAAACUAGAGUAUUCUUCUCAUGCAAGGUGUAUAGAAACUUAUAUGACUAUAAAAUUGCUAGCAACAAACCUAUAUAUAAGAUAUUUUCCCUGCUAUCUUAGUCCUGUCACAGAGGUAUUAUAUAUUGACACCAUGCAGCAACACAUAACAAUAAUCUAUAAUACGGUCUGGAAUUUUCGGUGACAUUUUAAGUGAAAAUUUUAUAGGCAUUUACAAGUUACUUAACAUUGUAUAAUGGCUGUAAAGCAUUUUAUAUACCUGUUAUAGAUAAUUAACAGAUCAAGCUGGCGUUUUAAUAUAUCUAGCUAUACAAAAAAAUGAGUUGUAAACUAUUGCUAAGUGCCACUUCGUGUUUGUUGCCAUGGCAACAUCAAAACAGUCCAUAUUUAGCUCAUUUUGGAGUGAUCCUCUUAACACUGGCCUUUUUUUGAGGAAUGUUUAAUGUUUUUAUGCACGUACGAGUUUAAACGCUUUGAAGAACUGAAUUUGAAACUGAAAAAAUGCAAAGUUUGAGAGAUAAUCUAAAAGUGUAUACUUCUUUAUGUAUUAGGAAGUAACAUGCCACUUAAAUAUGCCUAAAAAAGGGGCCGGAAAUACAAAAUAAUUCAUGUACGAAAAUAUUACGUUUUUAUACAGACAAUUAGCAACAUGUGUUUAUUAUUUUUACUUUAUCUGAUGAACCAACUCGCCAGAAUCAGUUUGCCGCAAAGCCAUGUGUAUACUACUAUUUUUGAAAUUACUUAUCAAACUCAGUCUUUGGCCCGAACAAACAUGCAUAGUCCACUCUAGUCCUCUACUAUAAGCAAUUGUAGUAUAUAGCUAUCCACUAUAUGCAAAGGAACUGCUCAAAAGACCUAAUUUCAUUGAAUAUUGUUCAGUCACGAGGGUCGGAUUUUCUCGAUUUUCCAAAAGUUAUGUCUACAACCAAAAAGAUGGAAUGGAAUGCCUACCGCAGAAGAAUGCAGAAUUCAUGAUACUUUAAAACUUCUUAAUAACUUAAACUGUAAACGGUGGAAGAAAUUUAGUACAGAAUAUGUAUUUUUAUAAAUGCAUUAAUAUAUCGUCCAUAUUUUAUCGGAUAUUUCGCUCCAAGAAAUUGGCUAAGUUUGUGACUACUUUUAAAUUCGAGUUUCAUGAUAAUUUUUUUAUUGUAUUAUUUAUUGUAUGUAAGCCUGAUAGAUAGACUCUUUAGUUGCUAAGAGGGAUUAUUUACUUAUUUCUCGUACAUUUGAGGGGCUAUAUGCCUCGUACCCAUGUCCUAGGAACGCAUAGAAAAGAGCCUGGGUACGAACUUGUUUGAGUUGGGAGUACGAAAGAGAGAUUUCGAGGAGAUUUCAGCGUGAGCCGUAGAAUAUUAAUACUACCAAACAGGCAAAGCGUUUUAAAAAAUGUGCAUGUAGGGGCGAAGACACUUAUAAACGGCUAAACUGUUUCCUGUUCAAAAAAAGCUCUCCUGCAUUGACGAGCUAAUCGUCUUGUUACACAGAGUAAACUUGUCUGAUAUUUUUGUUUGACAGAAUAAACUGAAUUGCGUGGUUUUUGGCAGGGUAAAAUUGUCUGGGUUUUGACACGAUAACUGCAGAGAUUGGCUAGUAUUUGACAGUGAAAUUUAUCUACGUGUUUAAGAGAGUAAAAUAGUGCCUGGUCUCUGACUAGUAGUAAGUUGUCUUGGUCUCUUGGUAUUAGACAGAGUACAAAUUGCCUGGUCUCUGACUUAGUAAAGUUGUCUUGGUGUUUAUAUAGACAGAGUAAAAUCGUCUGGUCUCUGACUUAGUAAAAUUGUCUUUUGAUAAACAGAAUAAAAUUGUCUGGUGCUUUACAAAAUAAACUUGGCUUUGUAGACAUUAUUAAUCGUCUGGAUUACUCCGUUUCCUCAGGCGUCAGAAAAAAAUCAGACAAGAUAUCGUUGUCUUUACACUAGUCGAUUACCAAAGGGCUAAAAUAAGACUUCGUUUUCAAGACUGUUUUUCAUAAAUAUAAAAGAAUAAGACAAAGUUGAUUUUUCGAAAACAUCCGGUUACUCAUGGGGCCAAUUACAGAGAGAAAAAUAAACUAAAUGGUGUUAUAGAUUUAAUAAAAUACUUAAGUCAGACUUAUCAUGAGGAUUUAACAUCCCAUACAGGAAAGGAUGAAAUAUUUCUGUACAAAUCACAUAGGCAUGCUGAUUGCCACGUUUUGAUGCUAAACUUCCCUCAGCUGUUGAAGCUUCUAUACGCGGAUUUCCGCUGAUCUUCGAACUUUGUAGUGUUAUGGUUAUGGAUGAAUUGGUGUGAUAGACCUCUGCGUCUGGUGUUAGAUUUCCAUGUUAUUUAUAGCUCGAUUUAUAGGAGACAGUAAUUCCACGUGAGAUGGUUGCCAAAAUAGCCGUUGUUUCAACGCCCAUUUCCCACUCGAGAAAAUUUUCCAUGUUCCGAAAAUAUCACAAUUUUUUUUUCUUUUGGAAUAGUAUUCCAAAGGUCGUAGGUUCGAUUCCCACCGUGGCCAGGCAUAUUUUUCAACCUUGCCCGGUGUGAAUACACAUACUCAGAGUUGUUUCACAAGCAUCAUAUUCACCUGAGUACAUUACACCAACACAGCCGGGAAAAUUUGUGUUGGCCAAUCACAGUUCACGAAGUUUUGUUUCUGCGGAAAAUUUUCCUGAGUGGAAAUGGGCUUUCACAUUGCAGAUUUUCUCCGGGUAAAGCGACUGUAUUGGUAGGCGAUGCCGUUUAUUGCACCUUUGCCUCUGCAAACAAGUCUGCAAACAAGUUGUUACACGUCUUUUCCCAAGCUGUCAACAAGUUGUGUUCUCACUGCUUGUUUCCAGUUUCUUGUAACAAGUUUGAAACAAGCUGUUAACAACUUGUAACAAGCUUGAUGGCGUUAUCAGCCUUGUUACAAGAUUGUGCUAAAAAGUUUGUCACAGCCAUGAUAUAACAAGGAUGUUACAAGGUUGUCAACACAAGGUUGCCGGUAACGAUCUUGUUAUAUCAAGCAUGUCACGGACUUGUCAGAACAACCUUGCAACAAGUCUGAUAAUUUCGACAAGGUUGUUACAAGUUGUCAACAAGUUGUUCCAAACCUGUUGACAACUUGUGACAAGCAGUGCGAAUACAUCUUGUUGACAGCUUGUGAACAGACUUGUGGUGUCUAGGAUAGGUGUCUCUCUUUGAUCUUGAGACAAUCACAAACCUAUCCUUAACCUAUACUGUGCUCGAAACACGAAGAAUUAUAAGCCACAUGAAAACAAGGCGAGGCCACAUGAAAACGAGGCCAUUCCAGUCUAUUUAUAGUUGUCCUUCGUGAUUUUAUUGAAUAUUCUACAAAAUCUACUAUUAAAAAAUAAAAGUCUAAACACAAUAUGACAAACACUCACAAGAACAAAUACAACAACUGACAAACAGAACCUCAACUAAAGAACAACAUAAGCACAAUUUGUAGAAGACCCAAACGGCCAAAUUAAAGCACGAACGAGACACAAAAUCCUAUGCACAUAUAACAGACUCUACAUUGUCAACAUAUUCACUUAAAAUAUGGAACUACGCCUGUAAAAUACUUCCUCCAACCUGCAGCUUCGCCAUCAUCAGCCUCUCCUCUUUUAAAAGAAACAUUAAUAAGGGCACGUACAAACACUGUUUAGAGGCAAAAUUUGACAUGUCUAUGUCAUGCACGUGGACAUUGGUGCCUGACUGCUCUUGCCACAGAUUCUAAUUUAAAAUCUGUACUGUUUAUUUCUUGUCAGUCUUUGAACAUUAUCGUGAAUAGGCUAAAUUAUCUGCACUAUUUCCUGUGUGUAUGACUGCGGUGUGUUACAUAAUUCCCGACUCCACAAGUUCUAAUCUUACACGAGAGGCCUUCGGGGUAUCUAAUAACAAUUGUCUCAUUAAAGCUAAUUAAAAUUCCCCGAAGUUUUCAACAAAAAAAUUAACAAAGUCUAAACAGCCAUACUAUUGGCCAAGAACCAAUUUGUUACACUGUUAUGACUCUUGUUUGGUCUUCACGCGAAAUUGACAUGAACUAGCGAAAACACUAUCUUUGACACGGAAAUUCUUGUGACCCAUAAUGGUUCUCAUUAUACCUUGUUUACCUGUUAGGAGUAUAAGUACUGUGACCUCUAAUGCAAGCCAUUUGCAUUACAACAUGCAGCAUUAAAGUGUUGGCAGAUAUCGUUGUCGAAGGAACAAGCAUUUUGAAACGAAAUAUAUAGUAAGGAACUUUAUUUCUUUAACGUUAAUUGUUUGAAGUUGUGUACUUUGUAUUUGUAUCACAAUAUAUCUUGAGAGGUUGAAGAGUUUUGGCUUCCAAUAUUCUCCGAUCUGAGUCGACGUCAUCAAUAUUUGAUCUCACCUUCUACAAAUCUUCGCCAAAAAUGGAGCUCGGAAUUGAAAUCUUCAUGCUCAAGUUAAUGUACACCGGGAAUUUCACGAUGUCUGGAGAUUCGGGGCGCAAGUUGUGGCGUUUUGAAAAUUUGUGUUUCCUCGAAUACCACGCAUUUCAGUGACUGGAAUUUGCCGCUGCGGUGAACAUUUUCGGUACACCGGUGGACUAAUUUGAGCACGAAGUCGAAGAUAUCAAUUCUGGGGUCCGUUUCUGCCAAAUGUGCAUGAACUAUGAAGCUGAAAAAUCGACUCAGAUCUAUAGGAUUGAUUGACGAGGUUAUAAAUGCAUGCACUAUAUAUAGUAGCUGAACUAUAAAAGUAUAGAAUAUAAUUCAUAAGUACUUUAUAUAUUUUCCAACAUCUUUUAAUGAGCUUUGUGAAUAUAUCCCAACAUAUGUAUGGAAUAUACUUAUAGGAGAUAUCGAAUUUCCAUCGAAUUUAAUUCGUUGAAUUUAUUUGGCUUCCAAAUGUUACGGCACGAAAUUCGCUCGAAGUCAAUUCCCGUCAAUUAUACAUGCUGUGUUGGCGAAUAAUAAAUUAAAUAGCAGUAAAACGCCCAUUUCUCUCGCAUUGAAAAUUCAGAAGCACCAAAUUCAACAAAUUAAAUUCGAUGGAAACUGGGCGUCUAUAAACAGUUCGUCCUAUAAGGCUAAGAGUUAACAACUUUGUGGGGAUGUUGUAGUUGACAAUUGAGCAGCAGUACAGUAAUUACCUAUAGAGGCAGAUCGACGGACCACACUAAACGUAAGAGAGAGAGUUGUUCUACUUAUAAUAGUUCGUAUAUAGACGUAGAUUAUACCGCUUCUAUUUUAUGAUACUGUAUAUCAAUACAUGCUCUAAUAUAUUUCAUCCAAAUUACCGCGACUUAUAUGCCGUGCAUCGAUAAUUUAUAGCGUAUCUAAAAAUUGUGUUCGUGCAACGGCAGUAUGAUACCACAAAAGCAAAUCAACUGGAACUUACCACUUAGGUCUUAGCCCCAGAAGUCUAAAGCAGCCUAGGCCUUAGUAUACUUAUAUUUCAUUAAGUGCUAUCUUACGCCGCUAUGCAACACAAUGUUUUACACAACUCACAAGGCAAUUUUUGUUGCAACUUAAUUGCAACGCAAUUUCGAAUACGGUCAUUUUAUGAAAACAGUAUACUAUAGUUUGUAGUCAAGCCACAGUCACAGUCACAGAGAGAGUUGUGAGCAUUGCCUACAUAUUCUACUCUGACAGUUUCUGUCGAUACUUUCUUUACAUAACAUACUUAAAAAAUAAAAAGUAUACGAUAAAAAAAUGUCGCAGAGUAAACGGUGUGACAUGAUUAUACAAUUUGCGUGGUGCUACUUUUUAGGUCGUGCAACAUCGUCAUGCUCUACUUUUUAGAUAUAUAAAAUUGCGUUGCAAUAUAGUUGCAGCAAAGAUAUGGUCCCAUGCAUCAGUCUGAAGCAGCCUAGUAUAUAAUUCAACGAGUAUAUAGCGAAGUAUUAUUAUAAAUAUAUGUGAGCAGUUGUAAAUUAAAUGACAUUGAUAUAGUCUGUUUAGUUCCUUUAAUUGUAUAAUGGGCGGAAGGUCGGUAGCGAAAUAUUAAACUAUAUGGGGAUGACGUUUUCAACGAAAUCAAUUACCUUAAUAUAUAUAUAUAUAUAUAUAUAUAUAUAUAUAUAUAUAUAUAUAUAUAUAUAUAUAUAUAUAUAUAUAUAUAUAUAUAUAUAUAUAUAUAUAUAUAUAUAUAUAUAUAUAUAUAUAUAUUAUCACCAUUCAAAAUAACAAUGUCAAUGGCCAGGAAGUUAAAAACUUAUUCAGUAGUAAAAAUUUUUAUAGCUCUUAAAGGAUUCGAAAGCGUGCAAUAUUAAAAUAAAUGUGAUGUUUCUCGCGUAUCAAAAUGAUUAUCUUUAUCACCAUGCAGAUCUUUUAAGAAUUAACGCUCAUUUUGCCGGUUUACAGAGGAAGCCAAUAUUUCAUAGACAUAGGCAUGGAGACAAGGCCAUGUUGCAGUUAUGCGGAAGUUGAAAACGUAUGCUGUAGAGAAUUAUUAAAAUAGAUGUGAUCUUUUCGACGAAACAAAUCAAUCGGCAAUUAUAUUAUUUAUCAUGGCUGACUCAAUUGUUCAAGGAACCGAAAGUGUUAAGUGUUAACAAUUUUAAACACGUCUCACGUUUCGGCUCAUUUAUUUUUUUAUUUAAAAAAAGGAUCGAGCCAAUAUAUUUUUAUGAACUGUAGUAUGUGUAUACAAGUGAGACAACUCGAAUCCCGGGAACUCGAUGAUUUAAAAUUAGUCAACCUUAAUCCUACAGUUUCUUAUAAAGGCAAGGAGCCCAAUAUAUUUAAUGAGGAUCGAAGGCUUUGCGAUCUCUAUAUUAAAAUACACACUCCUAUAUAGCUGCCAAAUAUAUCUUCAUUCAAUUACACAAGGAACUCGCAAUUUUACUAUGAAUCUGUCUGUCCAGAUUGUAAAAGCUACAGGAAGUUAUUAUAGCUGUACGAUUUCGUUUGUUUGUACAACCAAUAUUCAAUAAGAAGUGAAAUGUUUUGCAGUUAAAUUGGAAUAUUUUUAACGAUAAUUUCCAAUCAGAUCAAUUAUGGGCGUUGUCGACCAUGCAUUUGAAUAUUUAUGUAACAUCAUUCGCAUUUGUAAUUAUAGUCGUUAUAUAUUAAAAAUAGUCUAUACAAUUGCAAUAAGAAGUUCUCUGUUAUUGUUGACAGGUACUCCAAACAGUAGCCAAUUUUUAACGGGUUUUUUCCCUUGUAUUUAAGAAGCUUUAAAAAAUUCACGCCGCUUAUAGCCUGUUUAUUUCUUUUAGUUUUGUAUUAUUAAACGUGAUAUAUAGCCCGAAGCUUCGUAUAUUUACAAUUACAGGAUGUUUUAUAGUUAUAUUUUCCGGUUUGUUAAAUCUGACGACUAUUCUAGCUUCGUGUAUGUUGAGAAGCAAAACGAGCCAGAGGUUUCAGAAUAUCAGCUGCCCUUGGCCUUGUAUUCAAAUUCGUUCGGUCACUAUAAUUUUCACUCAUUCUUAAAUUGGCACGCGAUUUAAUUUCGCGCACGAAAUGCGAUAUUUUCUCACAUAUUCUCGCAGUUUUAAUUUCACGCACAUUGCACCAGUACAAAACUACUAGAAAACGGGGCACGAACAUUUUUCCUCACCAUAAGGGACUGGUCAUAAUUUAGCAGGAGGGGUGGGGAGGUGGAAACAGUGGGGGGGGGUCACAUUUUUUUAGCCAGGAAAAAGGGGGGUUCAUAAAAUAUUAGACAGUUUAUGAAGGCGGGGAGGGGGUCUGUUGUUUUAGUUCAAUUAAUUGUUUUAUACAUGCCUUCUCACAUUUUGUUUGAGUUGCAUUGAAAAAAAAAUAUGAUUCUUUAAACCGUAGAAUGAAAAGUUUGAAAAAAGUAAAGUUUUAUAUAUGACUAUGUAUUGGUAUAAUAUAAAUUUUAGUAUUUGAUUUAAAGCGCAACUAGAAAAUUAGAAAAUUUAAAGUGCAAUUAGAAAAUUUAUAGAAUGCAGGGUUUAGUAGUAGGUAGGUACAUUUUUACUGACACGUGCAAGAGAGAGGGGGUAUACUGACACGAACAAGAGAGGGGGGGGGGCAUUAUUUUUCCGGGUUAUGGCAAAGCAGGGUCACAAAAUAUCAUUCCUUAAAAUUUUGAAUUACACCUCCCCACCCCCCUGAUAAAUUAUGAGCAGUCCCUAAAACAUGGUUAAGCUAAUAACAAAGUAAACUAAUUCAACUUUGAAAGACAAUUUUGGAUGUUUAUCAAAGCCGUGAUAAGAUAUUUACUAACUCAUUGAGUGGCAGCACUCUCCCCCUGACGAGUAAAAUCAUCUGGCGUUAGACAGAGUCAGUAGGGCGCAUCUGGGUGCAUUGCCACUUAAAGGGUUAAGAGGAUGCAUGGGCAGCACUCUCCCCCUGACGAGUAAAAUCGUCUGACAGAGUAAAAUAAUCUGGCGUUAGACAGAGUAAAAUAAUUGGACGCAUAUUUACCUUUAAACGAAUCAUUCCGGUUAACCCAGCCAGCCCUGCUCCAUAUAUAUGAACAGCCCCAUUAACCUGAGGUAUUAGCAAUACAAUUAAUUACAGCACUCAAUAAUUGUUGGUUCUUCUCUCCUGACGGGAUUCCCACUUUAAUUUCAACAACGUUUCCGUUGUGAAUGAGUAAUAGCUGUUGUCAUGUGAUAAUAGCGGCUUUAUUCUGCAGUCUAGCCGUCUUAAUUUGUAAUGAAUGAACUCUUUUGUAAUCUUCAAAACAACGUUUUAAUUACCCUAACAACACAAUUUCAUUUCAGCAACAAAGUUCUGACUUUCAUCAUGCAGCCUUGGCCAAUUAUGGAGUUUUGUAACCAAUUUCAUAUAGUCUUUGUUUUAAGACGAUUCCGCAUCAGUUUUGCAUUGGGCACUUUUACUGCGCAUAUCUAAUAACGAAUUCUAGCUAAUAUGUGUAGUCGAACUGCAUUGUAAAGUGAUAAAGAAAGAGUAAGGGCAAAGAGAAAAACACUCUGCAUUGAUUAUAGGCGUUCUUCAGGAAAUAUUACUUCAAAAAUGACAGAACUCUGGCUAGGGUUCCUGUGCAACUAUAAACACUAAACCACAUCAUGUUACAUGUUUAACCCUUGUAUCUUUUUAAGAAGGUCCGUGACCCUAUUUUUUAUUUUAUAUUUUUGUUCUUCUAUACGUUUUACAUGUCAUAUCAGAAAAUAAGAGAAAAAUCAUAUCUACAACUUAUAAUAUUUUACAUUUUUCGCGCAUACUUCCCAAAAUAACAUGUCUGAGAAGAUGGGGAAAUACAUCUUUGCACCACGACAAUGCACGUCAAUGGUUUUUUAUUCGCUAAAAUACCAUGUUAAUUUUCUUGUAUAUAAUCACUAAAUAGACAUUUUUAGUAGGAUCCUUGUUAAAAAAUUAAAUAACGGUUGAGAAAUUGCGAUUAUUCCUGUAACUCGUAAUAGGGGCAAGAUGGCGCCAUAAGGGGGAAAAGGUAGCAUAUUGCACUUGUCAUAUCAUGUCUCUGUUUUUACUAUGAGCAUAUCAUAAACUUCACUCCUGGGAAGUUUCGGCAAAUUCUCAUUUAGUAAUAAAAUUUCGCCCUGAAAGGGUUUUUCAGAAAUUAUUUACAAUUAUUUAAAACCAUUCAUGCACAAAGUUUAGUAAGUUAUUAAACGCUCUCCUUGGCAAAUGGCAAGCAAAUGGUUUUUUAAGUGAAGAUUUUAAGGGAAGCGCUAUCUUUCAGGUUUUUAUCUAAUGAAAUUGUUCCAAAUGUGGACAGCUCUAUAGGCAAACGACCGUUGACCAGAUGUAGUUUUUCAGAGUGGUAUUUGCAGAGAGUCCUGUAUGCGAGUCUGAUCAUGACGUUUAUGGAUUGAUGAUCUUUUUCUAAGAACAAUUACUGAUGAAUCACCUUAAAAAGGUGAUUACUGAUUAGUUCAGCCAGAUUUUCGUCAUUGCUACUCAUUCACUAGGCAUACGAUAUUCAGAGACGAGAAAGUCUUCAUUUCAUCUUAAUGAUAAACGGAACCUUUAAAAUUUCGUAAGAUUAACCUUUCAACAACAAGGAAAUUGGCAGUUUGCCAGCAAAGAAUGUGUUUGAAUUAUGACGCAAAGCCAAAGACCAAAUAAUUCACGCAAGUCGUUUGGAAAUGAAAAACAUCGUCGUGUAAUUGAUCUAGGCGAAUUUAAAUAACGGCGGUAUUUCUAUCAUAAUUUCCAUCAUUGACCUUCGUCCUUUUUAUACUGAACUAAAUUUAGAAAGAGGAGAAACCAUUAGCCAUAUAAUUUUAAACACUGAUCUCGGAAUACGAACUGGAUUGUACGUUGAAGUCAAUGGCGGGAUGGCGGGCAUGGACUGUUAAUUAAUACGCAGAGAUUAUUAUGGAUGGCGAGGGGGAUUACGGGAUAAAUUCAGUCAAACGAGAAAGGGACAAUGCUAUAAUUGCUAUAAUGGGGGAAAAUUUUUAUCAUUUGACUACAAUUCAUGUACAUGUAUCAAAGAAGCUCUUUAUAAUCUGUAAAUAUGUCUCAGAGCACUUUUCGCCUAUGUUGCUAUAACCUUUCUAUAAGGCGUUCUUUUCAUAUAUUAUUUGUAAUCUUAAAUUGAUUUUCUGCAAAAAUAACUUAUUUUUUGUCGAUGUCGAAGCAAACAAAGCCGGUUGCGGCGCACUAUUCAUACGUUUAAAAAAUUACAAAAUACAUAUAAUAUAUAUACACACGCAAAAACGCACAAGUUGUUACAAGUCUGCAAACAAGUUGUUACAAAUCUGUUCACAAGCUGUCGACAAGUUGUGUUCGCACUGCUUGUUCCCAGUUGUUGUAACAAGUUUGGAACAGGCUGUUAACAACUUGUAAUAAACUUGGUUGCAUUAUCAGACUUGUUACAAGGUUGUUCUAACAAGUUUGAUACAGUCAUGAUAUAACAAUAAUGUUACAAGGUUGUAACAAUAUUGUUAUAUCAUGACUGUAUCGGACUUGUUGGAACAACCUUGUAACAAGUCUGAUAGUAUCCAAACUUGUUGACAACUUGGGACAAGCAGUGCGAACACAACCUGUUGACGGCUUGUUGACAGACUUGCUACAAGAUGUGAAAUUUUUACACGUGCAUUAGACUUUCAACAAUACUGUAAGUGUAAGCUUGUUAUAAAUUAAACAUAAGCUUGCGUCGCUGUUGGUAGGAAAGCGGAAUUUUCAACUGGGUUUCAAAUGAAUCUGUAAACCGGUUAGGCACCCAAUGGUUAAAUCAGACAUGAUUGCACACUCUCCUUCGCAGAGGCUUUGUGUUUUGUUUUGGGUUUUUUCGAAGUCUGCAGGCGGGAUAGUCGCGGGCUAGGCAGGCUAGGGGAAAAUUAUAGGGGAUAAAUAGGGAUGAAAGGGGAGAGGCGGAGCUAGCCCGCGACUAUCCCGCCUGCAGACUUCGAAAAAACCCAAAACAAAACCCAAAACCUCUGCGGAGGAGAGUGAUGAUUGCAUCAUUUGCAUGUUGAAAUGACACAGGACAAUUAGCGAGCUAAUUUUUAAAACAUGUUGCUUUUGAAGCGACCCGUGACCUUUUAGAUCGGGGUUUAUUUGUAAUCAAGCAUUUACUGCGCCUCAAAUUAGCUAGAUUUAAUGAUUGCAUCGUUUAUUCCUGAAAUCAUGCCGGUAAAAUAAUAUUUAGAGUAGUUUUGGAUUACAGGAUUAUUACAGGAUCUUUAUUGAUUGAUUAUUGCACUAAUAGAGUAAAAUAUGAAAACAAAAUAGAAUAGAUUGUAUAAUACAAUUCAACAAACUACAGGAUGCAUAAAAAAAGUAAUCGCCCAACUUUGGCCUUUCAACUAUAAUUAUAAAAUCAUUAUAGAUUGACUUUUUUUCUUGUCAAUAUUAUAAAUCCAUUUGGUCAUUUUUGUUCUCAAUCAUACAAAAAGAUGCCAUCUGACAGCUAAAUGUUUGAUCUUUGUUGGAAUGAGAAAAGUAAAUAUAUCUACCUAAAACCUAUCGCAGUUGGAUUAGCUUUUUUUCAUACAUCCUGUAUAAAAAGAUAAAAUAUAAUAGCAUGAAACUUAAUCAGGAUUUUUUAUUUUAUGUAUUUUGAGUGGUACGAAAGUGUUUCUCAUUGAAAUGCCACUAAUUUGCUUGUUGAUGUAAAAUUUUGAAAUCAAAUUGUCAUGUGUGGACGUUGACAGUUGUAUUCCAACACACUAUAUCUGAAACCUAUACAAUCUUGGACAUAACUGGUUGAGUUAUCUUUCCCUCAUACAAAAUUCGCUUAAUGCAGUAGUUCAAUAGAAAUAUUAUUAUUAUGUCUAAUAAAACAUGUUAGAUCUUGUUUGAAAUAAUCCAUGUUAAAUCAUGUUGUGCUUCUUAUUAAGUCCCCGCUCGGGGGACUCAAUCGGUUGAGCUUGUGUCAUGGUAAAUCACUACCUUAGGCUUAGGAAGCAAUUUUGUAUUGGGGGAGGGGGCUGAUUAGUCAGGGGCGAUUAUUGGGUCAUUAUUUCCCUCUCAAACUUUACAAUUAUCGCUAGUUUACAAAUUAUUGGGGCCGGGGAACUGAAGAGUCCCUCGGUGUCUACGGCCCUGUAAAUUACCAAAGUUGUUUUGGCGUUGUUCACAACAUUAAACUGGGGAGAGGGGGUGACAAAGUUUGAGUUUUGCCAAUGUGCAUUAAACAGUUUGCAAUAUUGGCUGGAAUGGUCUCAAGGGUUAUGUGUAGCUAUGCAGAAAGUCUUACGUUUGGUUUACACAUGAGAUUUUUAGGAGAGAAGUCUUCUGCGCCUGAAUCCCUAGCUUAUUCUCAUUUUGAUCAUUAUUUGUAUUUCAGAUUAUGAGUGUUGUGUGUUUGUGUUAAUAUGGUGGAUUACGGUCGUCCUACAAUGAUAUACCUCGACGAAGAUCCAGCAAAGAUAAGCGAAAGAUUUAGAGCGUGUUUUUGUCCGAGCAGAGAACUGAGCCAUAGCCAUAAUGUUCACCAUGGUCAUCUCGCUAAUAUGUACAUUGGGGAAAAAAUGGGUGAGUUGUGUACAUUAUGAAUGAGUUGUGUACAUUAUGGGUGAGAUAUGUAUGUUACGGGUGAGUUGUGUACAUUAUGGGUGAAUUGUGUAUAGUAUGGGCGAGUCGUAUACGUUAUGAGUGAGUUGUCGUACAUCAUACUUCAUCUGAACUGUAUAGUUCUAAACUGUUCUCUCUUAGAGGUCCAGUAAAACUGGACUAUCUGUUCAAAACUGUUCUCCCCAAAGGCCAAGUGAAAUCCAUCCCAUGGGGGUGACCUAACCAGAACUCUAUCAGUUUUGAGGGAAAUGACAGAUCUAUGUAUUAUAAAUGCAACUAGUUUCUAAGAAAGAACGAGAAAACAACAUUGUUUAUUUUCAUCAAAUUAGAACGACAAGAGAGACCUCAACCUACCCACUUGUCUGCCCAUCAUCAAAACAUGCUCUUUAACAGUAAGGACCUGGGAGCUAGCUUGAAAGAUCGCGAAAUAGAGAAACUCAGUCCAUUCAGUAUUCCUGCAGUGACGUCAGCGGACAUGUAUAGACCGAGAGAGAAAGAAAUGCCCACGAGGACUGAGGCGAGAAAGAGAUACAUGUGCGAUAUAUGCAGAAAGAGUUUUCAGCAAGUGUGUCAGUUGAAACAACAUAGACGGAUUCAUACAGGUAAGAGAAACCAUAUUGAUUAUCAAAUGAAUAUGUAAUCUUUAUUCCGACAAAUAACUUUGGGAUGUAUCUAGUCAGUUUGGGUGGGGAGUGGGUGCUCAUCGAGUUCAGGGUGCGACCCUUGACUAAGUGUGUAAUCGCUUGAGGGAGCUACAACAGCAAGACAAUAGUCUGUAGUCUGGCUUGACAAUUUCACAAUCAUGUUGCUAUCUCAUUUUGCCUCUAUUUUAUUUUUGUUUUUGUCAUUGCCUUUCCAAAUAAAAAAAAAUGGAUGUGAUAAGGAAGUUUGCACCCCUUUUGCCAAGGCCAGGAGGGCUGCGUACCCACCUCCACACCGCCCCCCUCCUAGUAAAUCCAUCAGUGGACUGCAUAUACUAGAACAUGUACAACUUAUCUACUCGUUCACAAUUCAUCAUCAGAAGAAAAUGACACUAGAAGUCUUGAGAUGCAAAUGACUCUCGGGUCUUGAGAUGCAAAUGACUACACCGAGGCAGUCACCCUCAGUCAGCUCUCUCUCUCUCUCUCUCUAUAUAUAUAUAUAUACAGCUAAUUCAAAAAAGGUUGUCCUUUGCAAACCUUAAACUCUAAACCAUAAACCGUAAACUCUAAGCGCGCAAAGCUUAAUGGGAGCAUCAUUAAAUAAGUUUAGAGAGCUUAUAGAGACGUUGUAAAUAUCUCCUUACGAGAACAAUUCAUUCACAAAUAGCUUGAAACUUGUGCUCCCAUUAAGCUUUGCGCGCUUAGUGUUUAAGGUUUAGAGUUUAAGGUUUUUCAAAUGACAACCUUUUUGGAAUUGGCUGUGUAUAUCUGGUCAGCCUGUUUGUCGGUUAGCCAGCCAGUCAAUCACAGCAGUGGCUGACUACAGUCAUUUCUUCCUAGGUGAAAAACCUUACAAAUGUAACGAGUGUGGAAAGGCAUUCACUCAAGCCAGUCAACUGAACCAACAUGUCAGAUUACACACGGGUGAAAAACCAUAUUGCUGUGAAAUUUGCAACAAACGUUUCACGCAACUCAGUCAGCUGAAAUCCCAUAAACGUACACAUCAGAGCAAGAUGGUCAGACAUGGUUACCCAGACAACGGCUUACGUCACGACUACGAAGACGUCCCGAAGCCCGAGAAACGAGGACGACCCAAGGGGGCCGUGUAUAGCCACAAAAGGUACAACCCAACAGAGAAACUAAAACCGUCCCAUCCUCAGACCUAUACUAACGCGCGUCAAGACCCACGGGCGAAUUUUAAUACAGCCCCCACUUCCCACUUUGAGUAUCUUGCUCAAAUUAACGCAAUGCAAAGAAUGUAAUGGGACCCCGCAAGGGGGAGGGCGCCCCUGGGCAAAGGGCAACUCCCCCACCUACGGAAACCUACCUACCCUCACUACUUACCCCCACCUACCUCCUCCACCUCCCUCACCCACCUACCUUCUUCCACCUACCUCCCCCACCUACCUACCCUUACAACGAAUUACGGACGUUUCCUCAUAGAGGCGAGCCUGGCUCAAUAUUUUCUUCCACAUUACCCUGUAAGGGUAUAAAUAUAUGAUAGACUUUAUAAUCAUUGUUUAAUUUAGUUAGACUCUAUUAGACUUGAUUAGAUACUGUAUAUUAGGGCUUACCUUGGAUGCAUUCGUCUACAGCUGUAUACGUGUUAUUGAGUCGUGAUUAGAUUUGUUCCCGUUAAUUGUCGAUUUUUUUGGUGUUUUGUAUUAUUUUGGUAAGGGGGGUAGGAAUGAUACACGGGGAUACAAAGUGAUAGCUAACCUCCCAUUCAGAGGUGGAAAAUGUUUUUUUCUUUCUGUGAACGUCAUUCUGUGAACGUGGGUUUAGGGCUUAGAUUUUUUUGAAAAAAAUUUAAAAUAAAUAGGGGAAAAUAACAAAAUUGUCGUUUGUGAUUGUCUUAUAGUGUUAUCGUGUGGAGCAAUAUGUCUUUAAGACUAAUAAAGGCAUAUAUGACUAUAUGAAUAUUUUUUAUGAAACUUUCCUGCUGUAAUUUAGGUGUCGAGUUAGUAAAUUAAUUAGGUCUAUAAUCUUUUCAAUAAUUAGGUAUAUUUAGUCAUAUAUUUAGAUAUUCAAUCAUUUAAUUUUCAGAAUUGGCUGUGAAACAUAAAAAAAUGUCUGUGAAAAUUUCUGCAAAAAUGUUGAUCCCAAAAAAAUUCUGGGAACUAGGUUCCCAGGUGGUUCUGAUACUUUUUCCACCUCCAAUGAACCAACUCAAUCCAUUAAAUUCAUUCCUGCCCUCCUUACAUUAGCCCUAUUUAUACUAGCAACGCUUCAUCCGUUUGACAGAUUGUCCAUCUUGCUAUAAGACGAACUAGUCAAGCGAACUGGCUAGAAUACCUGUUUGCCGCUCUUAAACACAGAUAAACUAUUAAACGAACUAUCAUAUCUUUUCCUUGUCCAAAUUCUUCCAGAUGGAUCAUUCGUCUCUAUUAUAAAUCGGGCCAUUAAUUUGUGCCGACCAUAAAAUUAAAUAGAUAGACCCUAAAAAUUAAAUGUCUUGUAUCGGCCGGUAAGGUCUAUCCUUUGUGCAAAAAUAUUGUAGUUUGAAUGAAACUAAUUUAUUAUGUAAUACGGAAUAGUUUAGACUAAAGUCUAUAGUUAAUUUUAAAAACAGUUUUGUGAAACGUGUUCACUUUAAAACAUCGAGUUUCUGCUAGCUCUUAACCGCUCGUUCUCGCUGUCUGCACUAAAAAAAUUCUAUAUAUUAAAUUUCGCCAAUUUUUAACUUUUAAAAAUGUAAUUAAUAGACAUUUCUGGCUGGCAAUGAAAAUUAUUUAUACUUAAAACAACUCGUGCUUUCAAAAGAUUUAUACACUGAAAAAUUAAUUCAAUUUUAAUAUUUGGAAAGAUGAUUAAGUUGAAAAAUAUUAACUCAGCUUUUUCUUGAUAUUGUCAUGAAGUCGUGAACAAGUUCAAUUCACCUGACUCAUGCAAGUUUAUUUUGAAACCGCUAAUUAUGCAAAUAUUUGAACAUGCUAAUUAAAUAAUUACUGCGAGCGAUAGUUUUGCUUUUCAAUACGUUAUAGGAGCUAGUGGAAGAAGCGUAAAAUUAAAGUAUUUUAUUGCUCUAUUUUAUUGUGAAUCAAGCUAGAUGACGUAGUCCUCUAUGUCAUGAAAUUAUGUAAAAUAUUGUGUCAGUUGUAGUUUUGUGAUAAUACAUCCGUUGCAAAAUCAAGGCU